AUUUAUGUACUUAUACUCAUUUGGUCUUUUUGGAAUGAUUCCCCACAACGUGUGUAUUGAUUUAUUUCGCUGAUUGGGUUUCAAUGCUUGUUCAACUUAUGGAAGUAUCACACCAUAUAGGGAACACACAUACGCACGCACGCACGCGCGCGCGCCGACACGGUUCUUCACUGCGAUUCCCCCAAACACUUAGACAAAAUCGGGAACCGUCGGCCGAUCUCCUGGUCUCCAUCAGAACAAGGAUAUAUUUUGUCCUCAGCGGGUCCUCUGUGUUAAGCUGUAGUGAUGGGUAGUGGAGAAAUUCCCGGCAAACCGUGUCGUCUGCAGGAAAUCAGAAUAUGCAUGUUCUGCACGGUCGAAAAUAAGUUUAGUUGUAGUUUGACACAAAUCGGGGAAAUAAGCUCUUCAUGCUGAAGGAAAUAAUAUUUACAGGGAGGUAACUGAGUAUUUGUGACUUUCGGAUAUUACUAAUUGCUUCUAUCCUGCUGACGGGACGCUGGGAGUACCUUACUGCUAUUAUGGGGAUCGAGUACCUUCUUCAUCCAGAGGAAAUAAUUUAACAAUAAAAAAACAAUCAAAACAAAUGAGACCAAGAUCCAUCCGAGCCGUCAGUGUUACAAAGAUAAGGAGUCUGAUGAGCAUCCGUACUUAUUCUUUGCUUUUUCUUUAAUCGGACUACCUUAUGUAUGAGAUGGAAAAACGGGGAAUCCACGGUGUGAUUUACUAUCUCGUGAUAAAUGCCCCGCUCUUGUUAUUCGUAAGCGCGACGUUUACUGAAAUCCCGAGGGAUGUAAAUGUCGGCGAAGGGGAAGAUAUUGAAAUGCCUUGUGCUUUUCGGACAACGGGAUCCACGCCGUUUUCACUGGAGAUCCAGUGGUGGUAUCUUAAGGAAGCGGCACCUAGAAAACUUGCACACGAGGUACAGAUGAGCGUCCCGGCAAGCCGAGCCAAGAUUGCUACCAAGGAUGCUACAAAAAUAAGUACUGUCCGAGUCCAGGGAAACGCCAUAUCCCACAGACUUCGUCUCUCUAAUGUGCGAAAGGUGGACGAGGGGAUGUACGAGUGCCGGGUGUUGGGUAACAACGCGGACGAGACUCAGGAACACAGAGCUCAAGCCACGUUGCACGUCACUCCACGUGAUGGUAUGGUUGCCGAGGAAGCUGUUUCCCACAUUCAGAACCGGUGGCCUCUGAGAAACAGCAACAGUGUGGGCAGUGGUCGGGCCACCUCUGGGCCAGGUCAGGGAAAAGUUCGGGUGCCUCUGCCAGCCGGACAUGGUCUGGCUUCAACCAGCACAACAGCGGCAACCCCAGCAACGAAAUCUUCAGCGUCACCACAGCCUGGCAAUGUGGCCAUACUCAGGCAGCAACAUGGGACUGCUUCUGGAGCCAUCAAAGCCACUGACCCAGCGCUGUGUGUUGCCCUGCUGAUACUACAUACCGUCCGUUUCCUGUGUGUUACCUAGAGACAUCAAUCAAAUGACAACUUGGAACGCUUUAUAACCAUGACGACAAAAGGCAAAGGACUUAUACAAAUGGCAGUUAUGGAAAAGGCUUAAAAGACAAGGCACAUUUUGCCUGGGACUUACAAAGACUCGUCUAAAAGAUACAAUGGAUACAAUGGACUGUGUAAAAAGCAUGAUAGCAAAACAUAAUAAAUCCAUAAAUAUGAGCUUUGCUCUUACAAAUACCAUACUCAAAGUGAUGCAUUAAGUUUCUCAGUAGCAUCUAUCCCGUUGAUUGCACUGCAUCAAUUACCUUUUUACAUUUUUUUUAGAUAUAUACCUUUUGUUUUAUUGCAGACUGUUGAGCAGUUAAACACUGUUACAUUCCAGUCAUCAUAGAUUGUAAAAGUUCUGUAAGAGAAAAACUAUACCUGUGUCAUUUCACACAUUUCUUUUUAUAAUUAUGUCAACAAAUAUGACCUUAUAUAUUUUAAGUAACAAAGCACAUUGUGUCAUAGUUGUUGUAUGCCUCCCAUGAUGUUUAUUUUAAUUAAAAAUAAUGGUGAUUCAGGCAAGAUAUUCAUUUUUAAAAGCAUUAUGUUGCCAGUACCAGACAUAUGUGUGUGUUUUUGUUUUUUUAAAUAAACACUUCCAAGUACGUUAUCAUAUAUUGAACUAUUGUAUCACUGGAUAGCUUUCAAAAUGAUCUUCAUGUGAACCCAUCACCCAUCAUUCAUUAUGCUCUGCAAAGUGAUGUGUGUUGCGUUUGAACCUAUUGUGAAUUCAUUGCAAAAUAUAAACUAUUUACAAACCAAAGGCAACCAAAAGUGAUGGGCUGGCAAACCAAACAGAGCAAUCAUCCUACAGAACAGAGAGUAGAAAAGGUGAGGAAACAAAGAAAAAAGAUGUAGAGGGGGAAAAAAAUCUGAGAACCCCCACCCACAAGAGCUCAUCAGAUGUAAAUAGUAGUCCAGGAUUCAGAAGAACGGGAUAAAGCAUUUGGUUGGCACAUCCCUUCUUGUAAUGAAUGUCAUGCAACAGGCACUGGUUCUGAUUCUGCAUAAAAUGAUAGGAGUUUGGUCAGUUAGCACCACUACUGACAGAGAGCUUAAAGUGUCGCAGCACUAAUAAAGGGGCCAACGAUUCCAUUUCUAUAGUAGAAUGAUUCAUUGGUGUUUAUCAAAUUUCCUGGAGAAGGAACAGAUAGGGUUGAUACGGGCACUGGCAUCUAUCUUCAGUUUAAAAUAUUUAUCACAGUUUGUAGCAGCCAGAGCAUUAAGGGGCUCAGCAAAAUAGUGAGAAAUAGAGAAACACAGGAAAUAACCAGCCAUUCCUAGGAACUGCUUCAGAUGUUGUUUUGUUUCAGGCACAUGAAGCAGCAAAUUGCCUUUACUUUACAGCUUUUAUCUUAGCAACUCUACAGAACUAGAUUAAUAUUGUCACGCUGGUGCAAUCCCUCCAGUGUUCCCAGUCCCCAGAAUUCUAGCCAGGCUUUACUCUCUCCCAAUAUGUUUCCCCAUUAAGUAUAUCCCUCAUCAGUCCUCAUGGAUUCCACCUGUGUAGAUUUAUAUUUAAGUUAGUCUUCCGUCUCUUUAUCUAGCAUUUUGUUUCCUAUUGCAAACCAAAGUGCCUCCUUGCUCUUCUUUAUCUCUGGUUCUAGCCCAGUCCACCGCACUAGCAAAAUAUUUGGUUUAUGGAAGUUUGUGUUAAGUACAGUGAUUUGGUUUCGUUUUGUUAUUUGAUUAAAACAUCUACACUCGCACUUACAUCCUGUCUCCCGGGAUUCCUGCAUGACAUACAUGUGCUCAUUGUGACAAAUAUAGACUAUACUUCUCAAUAAUAAAAACACAAGCAACUAAAAUGACUCUCUUGAGCUCAGUGAAAAAGAGCAUAAACCUAAAGGACAACAAAGCUACUCAGUAAUAUUUCAGAGCAUCAUUCAGCAAAACUUCAAUACAACUUUGAAUAUGGUUUUCUUCUUAAAAUGUGAUUUCUUGAAAUAACUAAUUAAUUGGAUGAUCAACCACUACGAAAGGUGCUUAACAGCAUAUGGAUUGCUACUUCAAAUGAGUUGAUGUGUUUGGAGAAAUCCAUAUGCUUGUCAUAUAUCUACAGGCCAUCAUCAACCUCACAUCUAUCAGUACACAAGAGGCAGGUUAAAGAGGAUACCACCAGUACCUGCCAGUAGCCU